ACGCCGCGUACAUCUCUGAGCUGCAGAUCGCGCGACAACUCGACGCCAUUCGAUCGUUCCGAGGCUACGCUACGUCUGUCACCGAGUAACACGUGCAGAUAUGGGUAUUAAUCAUUGGCGAUGGUGGUGGAGGAUGACGAUCAUCGCGUUAGUGGCGAUCGUCUCCGAAUCUGCCGACCAUCGAGUCCGUGCCUAUCGCUAUCAUUACGAAGAUUAUGAUACGAUGAUAGGCACGUGCCGGGAGCACGAGGUCUGCAACAUCGUGCACCAUCGGCAUUGGAUGCCUAGCACAGUGGAUAAGAUAUGUCGCUGCCCGCUGAACACACCGAGCUGUCCAGUGGUCCAUACGCGCCACGGGAACAUUAUGAACGUGAACAGCCGCACACAGAUGAAGUUCUGUGCACCGCUGACCUCGUUGCGACCGUGCCGCGAUGGGGAGGUAGCGCUACGUCGGAAAACCCUCUACCAAUCGUACGGCGUUAAGAACGUGUCGAUCGUGGUCGACUGUUUGUGUGAUCACCGGCAGAGCCACUGGAGCUUCCACAACCGCUCCGCCGAAGAUUUCAACGAUGCCCGGCACCUGAUCACGGUGGUGCAGCAUUACAAGUGUGUCGCCAUGAAGCGCUGCGCACCGCACGAGUUUUGUGGAUAUGGCAGACAGGACUAUGGGUUCAUCUACCACCGGUGUACCUGUCCCAUGGCGCACCAGUGCAAAUUCGAUCUCGACGAAUACGAGAACGAGGUUAGCGAACUGUUCUACCAGGGCCCAGCAUACAUCGCCCGGUGCGUUCCUAUCUAUGAUUACGAUUGGUGGUAAGAGGUGGAUGAAACGAGGACAGCAGCAGAAGCACUAGUUGCCGUACUUACCUGGCU